GUCGAGGCGGCCUGGCUCGGACUCUCGGAGCGCACAGUUCGCAGCACACACUCAUACUCGGGCUGACGGGAUCGCGUCGGCACCACGCGUUUACCAGUGAUAGAACAAGAUGAAGGGUCGCCUGUUAAUCCUGGCCCUGGUAGUAGCGGUGCUCUGCAGCGUCGACGCGCAGCAGAAGCAUCGGCGUCGUCACCGGCGCCUGCGCACCACCACCACGGAGGCGCCCGCGGCGGCGGGAGCUGCGGUGGCGGCAGGGAGGGUUCCCAGCCCGCCCGAGGAUGCGGAGGCUGAGCAUUUGGAGCUCGGCAUGGCGGAGAGACUCGACGAGGCGCGCUUCCAGGAAUCCGAGAAGGCUCGCGUCAAUGAAAUAAUGAAUGAGAACGGACAAUCGCCCGACAACGACGUAUUCCUUGAUGACCCCUGCCUGAAGGUGCACUGCAGCGCGGGCCGCGUGUGUGAGAUCGACGAGCAUGGCGACGCCGUCUGCAACUGCAUCAAGGACUGCCCCUACGAGACGGAAUCCAGGCGGAAGGUGUGCACAAACCACAACGAGACAUGGUCUUCUGACUGCGAGGUGUAUCGCCAGCGGUGCCUCUGCCUCGACGGCUCCGAGCUCUGCCGCGGCGCUAAGUACCACCAUCUGCAGAUCGAGUACUACGGCACUUGUAGGGAGAUGCCGGAGUGCACCGAGAGCGAGAUGUCCGACUUCCCGCGGCGCAUGCGCGACUGGCUGUUCAACAUAAUGCGCGACAUGGCCGAGCGCCGGGAGCUGACCCCCCACUACCUGCGCAUGGAGAGGGAGGCCGAGAACAAUCUCACGCGCCGCUGGACCAACGCCGCCAUCUGGAAGUGGUGCGACCUGGACGCGCACGACAACGACAGGUGACAUAUUAUAUCGUCAACAUAAUGCGAGACAUGGCCGAGCGCCGGGAGCUGACCCCCCACUACCUGCGCAUGGAGAGGGAGGCCGAGAACAAUCUCACGCGCCGCUGGACCAACGCCGCCAUCUGGAAGUGGUGCGACCUGGACGCGCACGACAACGACAGGUGAUAACCUCGCCUAGUCAUGGCCUUCAUCAUCACAGCCUUACGACGCCCACUGCUGAGCAUAGGCCUCUCUCCCAAGGAUCUCCACAUCGAUCGGUUCUAUGCCACGUGCAUCCAUCGGCUUCCCGCGACCUCCACCAUCGUCAGUCUUGUGCUUUGGUGGGGGGUCUUCCAACCUUUCCGCCCCAGCGGCCAUCGGUUCUCCUCGCUAUGUGUUUCGCCCCCUACCACUUCAGCUGAGCAAUCCUUCGAGCGAUGUCGGUUACUUUAGUUCUCCUGCGAAUUUCCUCAUUUCUGAUUGUAUCACGCAGGGAUAUACCAAACAUCGCUAUCUCCAUUGCCCGCUGUGCUACCUUGAGCCUUUUUAUGAUACUAAUAGAUCACGGGCUUGUUUCCAUACAUAUUAUGUCGUCAUCAGCCCGGCAAUGGGCUAAUUUCCAUUAAUAUUUACUUGACAACCUCCGUGGCCGAGUGGUUUGUACGCCGGGUUUCAUGGUGUCGCCGACUGGAGAGGUCCCGGGUUCGAAUCCCGGUGGGGGCAGAUGUUUGUGUGAUGAAUACGAGCAUUUGUACUCCAGUCAUGGAUGUUUAAUAUGUAUUUCUAUAAAAAUAUAAUUAUAUAUGUACUGUAUAUGUAUUCUAUACGUUACCCUAGUAUCCCAUAACACAAGCCACACAGUGCUUACUUUGGAGCUAGGCUAAUUGGUGUGAGUGUUGGAAAUAUUUAUUUAUUUAUUUACUUAUAAAUGUGUUCCGUUAUCUUGAAUUGAUUAGAUAAGAUCUGGAUCACAAAACACAGAAAAAGAUUAGAAUGGCCUUGUGGGCGGGGCAGGCAGCGCGCCACGUGAGCUUGGUUCUGAUUGCGUCGUUGCUCUCGGCUGUGAGCGCUGAUUGGUUCGAUUGUGCUGUCGUGUCGUUUGAUUGGUUAUAUCUAUAAAGUGGAAGUGUAGUGGGGGCGAGCCGGCGAAAUCGGUUCCCGUACAAUUGGUCUAAUCACCCUUCUAACCUCUUUCUGUGAUCUGGAAUAUUAUGAUGCAUUUGUAGCAACAAUGCUUUUUUUCUGAUAGGAGAUUUAGAAAAGUCUAGAAUUCGGUUAAUAUCAAUAUAUUGAUACAGAGUACGUUUCGUUUCGUUGCGACCAGCGCUAGCUUCACAAUAGCCAUCGAGUUUGAAUCGCACAUUGUUUUAACUACUUGUACCAUAAUCAUAUUAUUUAUCAUCAACAAGCUGAAACAACAGACGUUGUUCUACACGAUAAAAAUAUAAACACCCCAAUACGCUACUGCAGCGCCAUCUAUCGGAUAGAGAGGUUUGAGUAAAACUUUUCUAACGCACAACUUUUAUUCAUCGUUACUGUCAUCCAUUAUGACAAACUAAAAUUAUUUACCAUUUAACAGUAUUUUGUAAGUUAAUACCUUAACUCUCUUGUUGUGAUUUAUUCCUAUCUCUUUUUUUCAAUUUUCGUAAACAACAAUAAGUCAAAAUUUGCUGAUGUUAUUUGUUUUAUCUUUGUUUUUCUCUCUAUGAUUUUAAGUACAUGCAAUGUUGUGUGGUGUACACAGAUUCGUGUCCCGUCACGAGUUAUUCCCGAUCCGCGCUCCUUUGAUGUCGCUGGAGCACUGCAUCGCGCCAUUCCUGGAUCGAUGCGAUGCCGACGACGACCACCGCAUCACCCUCGCCGAGUGGGGCCGCUGCCUGCAGCUCGACGAGGUAUGACCAUUUUUCCAAUAUCGCGGCGCGAGCGGCAAAAAUCGGGUGGCAAAGUCGAAAUUCGGAAAGAACACCUCAAAAAGACACCCGGCAUUUUGUGCCAAAUUUGUAUACUUUUUUAAUUUUUUUAUCUGUGUUUCAUAAUUGGGUAACGCAGUCUGGCAAUAUUUGUCAUCAGCAGCUAGCUGUCAAUGUCAAAUACGUAGGUUUGUCAAUAUAACCUCUAUAUGUAGCCGGGUCGUCAAGACAAAUAACGGAUAAAAAGGCAAUCACAGCAGAGAACAUUCACAAUCACAGUACGCGGGAGCGGAUGAGAAAUGCGAAUGAUUUUUUUGUUUGUAUUUUAGGAUUGUCAAAUUGACAUUUGGUUUUUUAUUUAGAAAAAGCAAAGGAAUCAUGGUUUUUACAGUCACUUCAGUAAUAUUUUGAAGUAAAAUUCUGUCCCUUGAAGAUUUAGGGUUUCCAUAUUAAAAAAUAUUAAUCAUUAUAUAACUUCUUUCCACGAUUCACUAAAAAUAAGGCAAAAGUAGUUUUAUGUAGCAAAUAAUUUUGGCUUUAUUUUGAGACCAAAAUCAACUGUAUACAAGUUUAGCAUUUUUUCUAUGAAAAGUGCCGGAUCUCCUUUAUAAAACUAUCAAUUUUCAAAACUCCCGAAAAACUUUCUGACUAAACUAUUACCCGCAUGCAUGAAUAACAUAGAACUGUGUUGACUCAAAAUAAUAAAAGGUCAUUUUUUGUCACAGUCCGAGCUGGAAGACCGAUGCGAUGAGUUCACGGAGGACUCAGAGUCGGCCGCAAACGACGCGUAGUGUUUGAGCAGACAGCGAAGCAGUCACUGCCAUUAUACCGCUAAAGAAAUUAAGAAAACAACUCGUCUUUUAACCAAAAUGUUAAAAGUUAGUUUUAGAACCAACAGGAGUUACUCUUAUGGUGUAAUAUUGUAAAUAUACUGUGAUGAUGAUUUUACCAAAAACAGUAAACUGUACUAUCUUAAUGAUUGAAAUUAUGAAUUUGUAAUUAUUUUUAAUAAACAACGUAAUUUUAAG